AUGGUCGAUGAUGGCGAAGCUGUGGAAAAAGAAUAUCCAUCUGAAGAUGUGAUCAUGGCUACUGAAGAAUCUGUCCCUAUUUCCAAUGAUAGCCAGAACGAAACGCCGUCAAACCUUCCGUAUACUCCACUUCCAGCUAAAUCCACCGCUGAAAACCUACCAUGGCAUCCAGUUCUCGAAAGCGUUAUGGAAAAAAUCAAAAUCACAAUGCCAAGAAGCACAUGGGAGGUUGUUGGUCUUCCAUUCUUUGUAACGUUUUGGCAACUGUCACUGUAUGACAUUCAUGUUCCUCAACGCGCUUACGAAGAGGAACUGGAACGUCUCAAGAAAAGGAUCCAGGCUAUCUCCCAAGACAGGUCCGAUGUUAGCGUUGCUGGUACUUUGAAAAAGGAGAAAGAAAAAAAACAAAUUAACGACCUCCACGACCGAAUUCUAGCGGAGAACAAGACCCAUCUUAGAUGUUACGGUUUAAAUCGUGCAAGAUUACAGAAAGAAAAGGACCGGUGGUUUGUUGGAUUGAGAGGGAAACACGAAGCCCUCAACAUUGCGGUCAUGGAACAGUGUCUAUUACCUCGACUACUUCUCUCCCCUAUUGACGCUUUCUACAGUUUCAAGAUGCUCAAAUACCUACACUCCUCAGGAACACCCAAUUUCCGAACGGUGGGAUUCCUUGACCAAUUGUUUCGCGAGCAGCGUUUGACUGCAAUAAUUUUCCAUUGUACAUCUAAGGAAGCUGACAAUUUUGGUCGUUUCCUCAACGAGAUACUGCGUGAUUUAACUCGAUGGCAUGCCGACAAGGCUGUCUACGAGAAGGAAGCGUACGGGCCUAAAAGGGACCUCCCAGGAUUCGCCAUGGCUGUGGACCAAGAGGGAAAGCCGAAGUCUUUUUUGGACUAUGAGAAUUUCCGUCGAAUUUUGUACAAGUGGCACCGCAUUUUUGGCGCUUGCUUAAAGACCUGUCUUUCAGGAGGCGAAUAUAUGCAUAUCCGCAAUGCCAUCAGCGUAUUGAAGGCCGUGGUCCAACAUUUCCCUGCAGUUAACUGGAUUGGCCGAGAUAUGCAUACUUGUGUUAACAACCUGAAAACCAUGGAUCCACGUGACGAUGUCAAAAUUCCAGCUGCUUCAUUGAUUGGGGAUUUGAAUAGAAGGGAAAAGAAGUGGUUACUUCCACAAGCGUUCAUGAUUGUGAGUCUACCUGCGAAAAUUAUGGAGGACAGAGCUAAUUCGCCAAAGAAUGAAUCAUUACCGGGUGACAAGGCCAAAGUACGGACACCGCAGCCCCCGUCAACUACUCCCAAACCACUUAAUGCUUCAGCUCCUGACUUUAAACCAUCUGAGACGUCAGCCACGGUAAAUGGUGCGAAGCCUUCAGGGCCCGGGAAAUCAGAGGUUGAAGAUGGCGAGAUUCAAGACGCGAAAAUGUCAGAAGCUAGAAUGAACGAUGCAGCCACAAAACAAGAACUGACAAAGGAUGACACCCAAUUGCAACAAAUACCUGACACCUCUAGCACCGGAGAACGCGCCGCUCCAAGUACAACGGCGCGAACAGAACAGAGUGAAACUCACGCGGCAACACAAGAAGCGCAGCCAGCGAAACCAGUGAAGCCUGCGGAGUCUGCAACGGCUUCUACACAACUCCCUUCACAGCCCCCCGUGGCCACUCUUGCGCCCCCAGCAGAUACACAAUCCCUUGGUUCGGGUCGUGGUUCAUCCUCACCUGCACCGUCACGAGUAGUUAGUAAAUCACCUUCUGAAACACCCCACCCGCCAGGCAUCCCAAAACGUCCGGAUGUAGAUCGACACCUUUCUCAGUCUGGCCCUACCGUCCGCCCUCUCCCUAACCGACCGGAACCUCCUCGAUCAUUUAAACAUUCUGAUGAGCGAACUGCCAUGAGGCCACCCAGCCUUCCAGAAGAACGAAGAGAUUCUAGAGACAAUAGACAUCCAGAUCGCCUUGGACGAUUUGGUGGACCGGAUCGCGAGAAGCUGUUUGAUCAUUCCUUCCCUAACGAUCCCCGAGGCCAUGCUCGCCAAAAUGACCGGAUUGGGGAUAGAGAUAGGCUUGAUGGCCCUCGGAUGGAGAGAGAUUUUCCUCCACGGCCCUCCGAAGAUCAUCUUGGACGUCCAAGCUACAGAGACCCGCACGCCUCUCCAAGAGAUCAGGAAUGGCCUGACAGGACGAACAGAGCGAGGUUGCCCCAAGCAGACGCCUUCCAAGCUCGGCAUGAAUCAGAGCGCCUUUUUAGAGAUGGCGAUAUACAUCAAUAUCGACCUUCUAAUGUUUCAGAAUCUCACGAUCGAGACCAUCCUCCACGCUUGUCUUACCCUGAACCCCCAUCUCACCAGCGACAUGAGCCUCCAAGACCUGAACGGGACGAUACAAGAAGCUAUGGCUCACAACCUCCUAGCCCUACCACAGUUGAGGACUCCAAUCCUCCUAAUAGACCUGAGAAGCGAAAUGAGCGUGAAGAGAAGAAACUUGCGAAUCUUAAUGCUCACCCAUUAUCACGCUCAGAGGAUCUCCCAACGGGGCCAAGAGGAGACAGAUCCACUCAUCCCUCAGCGGGUGAUAACCGUCAUGGCCAAGACUCGCGAUCAUCGUACCCGCCACUAACGUCAGACUCGUCCUAUGGCAGGUUGAAUCAAGAUUCGAGAUUUCCCUCACGCUCGAAGGAGCAGUUUGAGAGGCUUCAAGAUAUCCCGUCAGGCCCAAGGAGAAAUCCUUCCCAGCGUGGUGGGAGAAACGCUCCGUUGUUGCAGCCUCUUCCAAUUAAGCCACAGGCUUCGGACCGCCAGCCACCCACAGGACCAUCUCACCGACUACCCACGCGGAAUCCUCCCCAUCAGGAUCAGCAGUCCGCCUCAACUUCGUCAUCUGCGCCUGCUCCCCUGGACAAUGUUGACACGUCCGGCAUUCAUCCUGACCGCCUAAAAGCACUACAAGCUCCCGGGGACGAUGGAACUCAACCGUCUUCGCCUCCAUCAACCUUACCACCUUCCGGUCCUCGGGGUGGUGGCCAUCAACAUUCUGUCCCUCCGACAACCACUCGAGGCGCACCUGGACCUUCAUUUCCAGGAGAGAGGGGGCGGGCAGAUAAACGAUUUGCAGGCUUGAGUAGCAUGCUUCAGCAAUUUGGGGGUGCAGCAGAUAAACCCGGGAUGGGGACUUCAAUAAGGGGAAGAGGCGCGAAUCGCGCUGGUAGCAAUUCAAUCAAUGCUCCAUCACCUCAAUCUACCAGACCGCAAACUCCAGUUGGAGGGAAGGCUGAAAAUUAUUCUGAUCGGGAAAGAGAUCGUGAACGGGACCGUGAGAGAGAACGCCAAAGAGACAGGGACCGGCAAUACCGAGAUCGGGACCGAGAGCGCGACUCCAGUCGUAGAGGUGAAGAGGAAAGUGUGAGGCCCAGUGCUAAACGGGAUGAGUAUCGAGAACGCCAUCGAGACGGGGAUCGUGACCGUGAUAGAGGUCGGGCAACAGAAACCAGCACUAGGGACCAAGCUCGCAACUCACGAGAAUCCUCAUCGCGAAGAGCUGCGCAGAGCUCGAGCACAAACAGGGAGCCUGUCUCCGCUACCAGGCGAAGGGACAAGCGAGAACGUGAAGAGGGGCCCCAAGAGAGCCACAGCCGUGUCAGUAAUUCUGACCUUUCCCCGCUGCCACCUCCACCGCCUCCCCCACCGCCUCCAAGCGAUCAGGAAGGCCGCAGAUGGAGUAGUGGUGGUCGAGGUGACGAUCGCAAUAGAGAUCGUGAGCGGGACCGGGACCGGGACCACGAUCGCGAUCGAGAUCGAGAUCGAGAGCGUCGAGAUGUGGGUAGCGGUCGUGGAGGUAAUGGUGGUGGGACAGGCAACAACAGCAACAAUGGAGGCACUUGGCCCAGGAAACGCGGAAGACCCGCUGUCCACAGCAUGGAUGGCCGAUCCAACGUUGCCGGUUCCGCGAGAAAUGGAGCUGAAAAUAAAAGACCCAGACGCGGCCAUUGA